AUGAGCGCUUUCGUCUGCUGCCCUGACGACAGACUCGACAGUCUUGUCAACACUUGGCUCGAAUCACUGCCUUGCAAUAUCGAGGAGCCUUCUCCCGCCGACGCACAAACCGCCCCGCCACUUUUUCUGGAGAGGACGACAAAGCGCCGUCGACUUCUCACGCCGCCCAAGUCUGCCGACAUAGCACCAUCAUCCCCACUCAAAAGGUUACACCAUGACAACGGAUCGGACACAGCCUCAACCUCGUCCGACGGCCACAUCUUCGACAACAGCCUGGAAGCCACACCAAGGGCGUCCCUCCCGCAGAGGAUACCGGCCCUGAGCGAGGCCAGUAGCCAGGUCUCGGGUAGCUCCGCGGGGUCCAGAUCACCGACUAAGAGACGGAGGAGAACAAAUGGAAACCCCCACAGGACGAGGCACUUUGACAUGAGCGUCAAUGUCCCCUCGUCAUUGCGGGAGACAUGGAAGCAAAUACGGGAGUAUUCCAAGGGAGUGGGCGUCAUUGACGGGCUGGAAAAGGAAAACAUCCACGAGGCGAAAAAGAAAUAUCCUGACAUGGAAGAAAUCAAACAUUCGCUCUACUUUGACGACGCCCCCGUUGGCUCGACCGGUGGCUCGCAGCGCCGCGCUUUCGGACCGACUCCCACGACGCACCAGGUGGCGGAGAUGGUGGCCAGGGCCAAGAUGUGUCGCGACUACGAGUUCGACGAGGGUGCCUGGAACACCAGCCUCCAUCACCGCGUCAUCAACCUAGCAGCACCCGAGUUCUACCAAGCAGAUGGGCAACUCGUUUACAUGGUUCCAUGCACGAGCGCGAGCAUCCUACCAGACCUCGUUCAGACAAGCUCCUCUCGAAAGGUCGACUUCUGCCUCUGCAUCGAACCAAAGGGUGCCGCCGCCAAAGCCAUUGACAAAUUGGUCCCGACCGAAACGCCGUCCAUCAACCACACUGAGUACAGCGCCUUGAGGACGCAUCCGAUCGGCCUCAGCAUCGAGACGAAGCUCCAGGGCGAAGGCCUAUCGAUCGCCGAGGCCCAGCUUCUGACCUGGCACGCAAACCAAUGGCGCAUGCUGGAUCUUCUCACAGCUGGCACCGUUUCGCGGUUACCACCUAUCGAUUUCCUUCCCGGCAUCAUCGUCCAAGGAAAUGACUGGUUGUUCGUUGCGAGCACGAGAGACGGAGAUUGCGUGACAUUGUGGUCGAAUCAGAUGAUUGGCUCGACAAGUGAACCACUGGGAGUAUACCAGAUUGUCUGCGUGCUGCAGUUCUUGAUGUCCUGGAUCGAGGGCACAUACUGGCCUUGGUUCCAGCGGGCCGUACUCUGCAUUGAACCGGAGGUCACAGUAUAG